CUGCAGGAAGGACUUUUUGAUUGGAUCAAUAUAAAUACCUUCUCCAUUCUCUUCUCUCUUCAACAAUAUCUUCACAAUUCACACUUCUCCACGUUUUUUUAAUUUCUUCGUUUGAUUACGCAUCAAAUUCCGAGCAAGAUGACUAUUCUUGUUGAACAUUACGUCACUGAUUCAAUAAUCGAGGAAAAGAAAAAAAGGGGUGAUGAAUUGGUGUUGGAUGGAGGUUUUGUGGUUCCAAAAUCCAAGGAAGCUGAUGGAUUUGAUGCCCCUGAUAUCAAUUUUCUGGGCCACUCUUUUAGGGAUUAUGAGAAUGGUGCAAGUGAGAGACAGCAAGGUGUUGAGGAAUUCUACAGGAUGCAACACAUUCACCAGACUUAUGACUUUGUGAAAAAGAUGAGAAAAGAAUAUGGAAAACUGAACAAGAUGGAAAUGAGUAUAUGGGAAUGUUGUGAGCUAUUAAACAAUGUGGUCGAUGAUAGCGAUCCAGAUCUUGAUGAACCUCAAAUCCAACACCUUCUCCAAACCGCUGAAGCCAUUCGCAGGGACUAUCCUGAUGAAGAUUGGCUCCAUCUCACCGCCUUAAUCCAUGAUCUUGGAAAGGUUCUCCUUUUGCCGGAAUUCGGUGGUCUUCCCCAGUGGGCUGUCGUUGGCGAUACAUUUCCAGUUGGAUGCACCUUCGACUCGGCAAAUAUUCACCACAAGUAUUUUAAAGAAAAUCCUGAUACCAACAAUACAAAGUACAGCACAAAAAAUGGAGUUUACAGUGAAGGAUGUGGAUUGGACAAUGUUCUCAUGUCUUGGGGUCAUGACGACUACAUGUAUUUGGUUGCUAAGGAGAAUGGCUCAACUCUUCCUCACGCUGGUCUCUUCAUUAUUCGAUACCACUCAUUUUAUCCACUGCACAAGGCGGGAACCUACACACACUUGAUGAACGAUGAGGACAAAGAGGAUCUCAAGUGGCUCCAUGUCUUUAAUAAAUAUGACCUAUACAGUAAGAGCAAAGUUCAUGUCGAUGUCGAACAAGUGAAGCCUUACUACAUUUCCCUUAUCAACAAGUAUUUUCCGGAAAAAUUAAGAUGGUGAGAUACAAAAGUUGUGAAAUCACCAAUGACAUUUUACUUGGAGGACGAGAUCGAAGGAUUAUGAGUUUCUAUUGUAUAAAACGGAAGUUUAACCUAUCUAAUAAAAAAGUUAUGGUGUUCAUUCUUGCUUUUCCCAUCAAAUUUAAGAAUUAUGUUGUAUGCAAUAAGCAUUUUAUCCAUAAAAAAAAAAUUAAGCUUAUCUCUAAAG